AUGGCGACGUCCAGUGAAACGUCGGAACAAAAUGUGAAAUCCAGGCGCCCUGCAGAAUCUGCAUUUAAACAACAACGUUUGCCUGCCUGGCAGCCUAUUCUCACUGCGGGGACAGUUUUGCCAACGUUUUUUGUAAUAGGCAUUGCGUUUAUUCCCGUUGGAAUAGGAUUACUCUACUUUUCUGAUGAGGUAAAAGAACAUGUGAUAGAUUACACACGUUGUCUGAAAGAAGGAGAAAAUAUAACAUGUGCGGAUUAUAUCAAACGGACUGAUAUGAAACAUUGCACUUGCCGCCUCCCAUUCAAUUUGACUGAGGACUUCAAGGGAGAUGUCUACUUUUACUAUGGUCUCAGCAACUACUAUCAAAAUCAUCGACGAUAUGUCAAGUCAAGGGAUGACAGCCAGCUACUGGGCCGCCUGUCUCAGACGCCUUCAACUGACUGCUUGCCGUUUGCAUAUGCCAUGGAGGAUGGGAAGGAAAAACCUGUGGCCCCAUGUGGUGCUAUAGCCAACUCUCUGUUCAAUGAUACGCUGACGGUGUUCUCUUAUAUCUCGAAAUCAAACGUGCCGGUGCUGCGCACAGGGAUCGCUUGGGAGUCUGACAAGCAAAUCAAGUUCAGGAACCCCCCUGGAGAUCUUAAGACAGCAUUCGCAAAUUUCACAAAGCCUGAAAAUUGGCGAGUCAAUGUCUGGGAGUUGGACCCUAAUAAUACUGAGAACAAUGGAUUCCAGAACGAGGACCUAAUAGUAUGGAUGCGCACGGCGGCGCUGCCCACGUUCCGCAAGCUGUACAGACGCGUCGACCACAAGGAGCUCGGCUACAGCACUGGACUCGCCAAGGGAGCAUACGAACUCAUCGUAGACUACAACUAUCCGGUAACUGACUUUGACGGUACCAAGUCGUUCAUAAUAUCGACGACGUCCUUGCUGGGAGGGAAGAAUCCAUUCUUGGGCGUGGCCUAUGUCGUGGUGGGAACUUUGUGCUUACUGCUGGGCAUCGUACUACUCGUCAUUCAUGUCAAGUGCUCCAAGAGCACUACGGAGAUGAUCAACGUGAACCCGCGCACGCCAUACUCGUAA